AUGACCGAGAAUAUUGCUGCGUAUCUUAUCCAAAUCGGCACAAACAGGACAGGGGACCACCCGUUCGCCAAUAGGAGCCCAGGAAUAGGAAGAUCCAUGCCACUUGUUUUCGUAUGCAUUGGUCGUCGUGUCAUCCCUCUCCUUGCAAAUCGACCGUCAGCUCUAGUACCUGAUACUGAAGUCCAUUAUUGGACACUGGCGACAGAUGCAGACCUGCAGAGGGGCGGUGUCUCUAAAGGAGCUGAUCAUUGCUCUUUUUCCAGCCUGAGCACACCAGAAGAAUACAGCAGAAUAGACUGGUGGGACGAAUACGAGCUUGCCCGUUCACCAUGCAACGCCUUAUAUAUCCCCAGAUCAUUCACAUUUCGCAUUUUACCUUUCACCUUGACAGACAGGCCAGGCAGAAAGACACAGACGCACUUCCAUGAACUCCAUGAAGAGGACACUCAAUUAUCGGAUGACCAAGGUGAGCGUGUUGGACACCACCUGUUCAUGGAUGAAGCACAAGUGGAAGAAGAGCGGAAAACGAGAGGGGACAGUGUCUGCACCAUCGGAAAUGGGCUUUUUCUCGGUAGCGGUCGAUCCCUUGCCUCUGCUGGGCCUGGUGGCGCCGUCCUUGGUUAUAUACUUAUGGGCACGGUUAUCGCGUCGGUCGUCUCUUGUCUAGGUGAAAUGACAGCGCUGAUGCCGGUGAAUGCUCCUGUUAUGGAGUUCCCUCGCCGCUUCUUAGACCGUGGUGUUGGUUUUGCCAUCGGUUGGAUAUACUGGUUCGCGUACGCUGUUCUUGCCGCUGACCAGCUAGUCGCCGUAGCAAAUACUAUCCGCUUUAAGUAUAUCGACGACAAAGGAACCCAUUUGGAAUGGGUGACCGGAGGGAGUGUCCAUCCCGCAGUGUGGGUGUCUGUGGUUUUGAUAGCCGUAACAUUAAUCAACACGCUGCCCGUGAAGUACUAUGGCCAACUUGAAUAUGUCUUUGGGUGCAUAAAAAUCUGUUUUCUCGUUUUGGUUAUCUUACUGAUGGUUAUUUUGGAUACCAUUCAGCCGCUGGAUACCAGUUACUACACGACCCCAGUCGGUACCAGAUACUGGGACUCACCGUACUCCUUUUUUGCGCCGCGAUAUACGGUCAGGAGUCAUACGACCGGCGAAGUUCAGCGAGUGAUCGAGGGUUCCGUCGGGACAUUUCUUGGGAUGUGGACGACCUUCACAAACAUUAUUUUUUCGUAUGUAGGCAUGGACAUGGUUGCAGCCACAGCAGCAGAAAGUAAAGCUUUGUCCAAUGCCGAGAGCAUGAAGAUGGCAUCGCGCAAGGUUUCCAUACGAGCAGUGACACUGUAUACCCUCUGCAUGUUGACGUCUUCAUUUGUCGUCCCUUACGAUCACCCUUUUCUCAACGGCCGGGGGCAAUCCGAGAGCGCACACUCAAUAUUUUUGAUCGCCGUAGUCCAGGGAGGUCUUCCAGCGGCUGCCCACUUUUUCAAUGCAAUCUACCUAUUUUCAGCUUUUUCCUCCGGGAUUAACUCCAUGUACGUCUCCUCAAGAGUUCUGCAUACUCUAGCGCUGCGUGAUCAAACAGGGCCGGAGUUUAUCACGAGAAGGCUGCGUCAAUGCCACAAUGGUGUACCACUCAGGGCAGUUCUGGUAACUGGAGCAUUGAUGUGUCUCGGAUACUUGGGGAUUGGGUCCUCUGGGCAGAGACUGAGCGAGCUUUCGACGAACUGUACAGUGUCUUGUUUGAUUGUGUACAUUGUCAUCUGCGGGACUUACUUAGGUUUUUUCAAAACACUACAUGAUGUUAAGCGCUACGGAAAUACAUCAGAAGCCCAAGCCGCAUGCUAUGACCGUAACCACCCGCAAUAUCCUUAUAAAUCCCACGGCCAGUGGUUAAAAGCUUGCUACGGCUUGGUUGUCUGCACCGUCCUGGUUGUAUUUAAUGGAGUGCCCUCCUUCUUACAGGACCCAUUCGAUAUUCGAGGGUUCUUUGCAUCGUAUAUUGGAGUCCCGGUAUUCUUUGUGCUUGUCAUAGGCUACAAGCUGUCAAAACACGGUUUCAACUUUUCGCAAUGGGGCCCAGAGAGGUCCAACGAUCUCCGCAACUGUGUCCAGGUAACAAGCGAGAAGAGGAAAGGAAGAUUGCAUUUCCCAGACGAAGGGCUUACCAAAGAUAACGUCCUGGAGUUGAUCCAAUGGAUUUGGUCUAAGUUAGCCUCAAGUUCCUCAACCCUUGACACCUGGUUUGACCACAACCUUGGGACUUUGAAGAAAAGUGGAGGUCUCGUAUUCGUCAAAUUAGACCCAGACCUUGAAGCAUCAACAGCAGAAGCGAAAGGAUGA